AUGCAGAACACGAAUCAAUCUAGUGGAAUAAUAUGUAGUUUGAAAUUAGUUUUCUGUUUUAUCUAUUUAUACGCAGGUACUUUUCCAAGAUUGGCAAUUUUUCGAGUGGCAGACUACAAAACCUCUAGUCGCAACUUACUAGAGAUUUCGACGAGUGGAGGUGCGCUGCAUUCCGGCGAAAGGAGGAAUAGUGACAGUCAAAAGUGUAUUUCGCCUGUACGUGAACGAUCUGGCUCAAGGCACGAUGUUCAACCAUCAUUCACUGGCCUUUACAACCACAGCAACUCCUCUACUUCAAGUCUCGGUAGAAAGAAAAACAAGGCUGACAGAAUUGUUGAGAUUAGUAAGCCUACAGAUUUUGAACAUGGAAUCCACGUGGAAUAUAAUACCGAAAGUGGCAAAUAUUUGGGUCUACCUGAUGUUUGGGUAAAUGAUAAGGUUCAGAGCGAUGAGGUGCUAAAUACAAAGUAUCUAAAACCUUAUCUUGUUCCAACCCCAGGCGCCGAACAAACUGAGGUUACGGGAAAACAAAUUGGUUAUCCUUAUGAUUUUAAACAUAAGGUUCAUGUUGUUGUGGAUGAUUCUGGAUUUAUGGGUCUUCCUCCUCAAUGGGAACGCUCAUUGGCCCAUCAACGUUCAAUAUCUCUGGACUCUCAAACUGUUCAACCAAAUGAUAAUGGAAUUCGUACCACGUCAAAUACAUUACCUCCUUCGCGAAAAUUAUCAAGUCCAUCUUUUUGUGGUCAAACCAGUCAUUCGCUUGAUAUAUAUAAUGAUUCAAAACCUUCUCCAAUACCCACCCAUCGAAAAAAUUCCGAUGGGUCUCAAAAGUCUGAUAAUGGUUCUUAUUCUAUUUCUCCCUUAAAUAGAGACAAUAGCACGUCUCUCAUGUCAAAAGCGAAUCCAUCCCAAGAAUCAAUUACUUCUGUUUCUACAAGAAAUUCUGCAGCAUCUAUUCCUCCAAAAACUCCUCCAAAAACUCCUCCAAAAAUUAUUAACGGCUCUCAAUAUAACAAUGACAACACCGAUAUUUCUCACAGACCAACAUCAUCAUCUCUUACUGUAACAGCCGUAUUACCUCUUAAAAAAAAAAUAUCAGCCCCUCAGAUUCGCACUUCUGGCAAUUCACAUGGACAAAUCAAGGAUAUUUCGGCCUUAUAUUAUCCAUAUGAAAAACCUAAAUCACCUGCGCUACCUCCGCCUAGGCACACCCCAAAAUUGUCACCAUCACGCCCAAGCAGAGAAAAUAUUAACAGUUAUAAAAUGGAAAACAUAACAGAACCAACUUCUGAGGUAAAGAAUUCACCGGUUUCAAAUACACCUAGGAAAUUUUCAGAUACCUCUCAAACAUAUGUAAACAAUAAUAACAUUAUACGUGCACAAAAAGCUUCUAGUGAGAUAGUAUCUAAGCAAAUUGUUCAUGCAUCAUUGGCAUACUUAAAUAAUUCGAAUAUCACUUCUCAAUCAGCUCAAAAAGUAAAUAUGAUUUCUACACUAACACAAAAGGACUUGGACAAUGACAAAAUAACUGUUAAUUUAGACAAUGACGAAAUAAAUGUUAAUUUGGAUAAUGACAAAAUAACUGUUAAUGAUAUCCAAGAAAAAGUGCAUAAUAUUCAAGAAGAUAUCAAAAUAACAUUGAACAAUAUUCAAGAUGAUUCGCCUGCUAUAACACACGCUGAUGUAUCUGAUACCACACCAUCAACAGAAUCUAUAAGUUCUUGUUCAAAACAGAAAUGUUCGGAUGAUACAAUAUCUACCAAAAAAGGUCCGAGUUCAUCGUUAACAGAAAGUUUGAACAAUGACUCAUGUAAAUCUAAAAAAGCUACAUUAGAUGUUAAUUUAGAAAAUGUAUCUAAAAUUUCCAACAUACUUUCUGAAUGCUCUUUGAAAACACCUACAGAAAAAGAUUCAAGUUCAUCAUUAACAGAAAGUUCGAACAAUGACUCAUGUGAGUCCAAGACAGUCACGUCAGACGUUAAUUUAGAAAGUGUAUCUAAAGUUUCCAACAUAUCUUCUGAAUGUUCUCUGAAAACAACGGACAAUAUUUUUAUUUAUCAAAAACAAGGAUUACACUUAAAAGACAGAAAAAUAAUAAAUCGACUAUCUUUACCUACAUAUCUUCCAUCUUUAAUGAACAAUUCAUUAGUGUCAACAACAUCGGUGACAAAAUUAUCGAGAUUGUCUGAAAACUUAUCCACAUCAGGCGUCUGGAAAUCAUCAAAUAUGUCGAAAGAUAUGCAAGCUGAUAUCGAAAUACCUUGCUUAAACUCGGAAACAUUACCACAGGACGUUCAGCAUUUAGCCGAAUUGUUCGAUAUGCGUGAUCCAAAUCAAAUAUAUGAAAACUUGAUUCCAAUCGCUGAAGGAGAAUCUGGUAAUAUGCACUCUGCGAGUAAAAAAUCUUCACAGACAACGGUUGCUAUCAAGAUAAUUCCUUUUUCAAGUGUUGACAAAUUAAAAAUAAUAAAAAAUGAGUUGACUAUUAUGAAAACAAGUCGACAUCCUAAUAUUGUUGAAUAUAUAGGGUGCCACUGUACGUCAGAUUCUAUAUGGGUGGUUAUGGAGUUUAUGGAAGUGUCUUUGGCCGAUCUUAUCGCAGACGAACUACAGAUGAGCGAACUUCAGAUAGCACUUGUUACUCAAGAGAUUUUGAAAGCAUUGGCAUAUCUUCAUGGUCAGCGACGAAUACAUAGAGAUGUUCGUAGCGAUAAUGUCUUACUGAACGCACGAGGAGAUAUUAAACUUACUGAUUUUGGGCAUGCAGUGCAGUUGACCGAUACAGAACCUCAUCGAAAAUCAUUUAUAGGUACUCCUUAUUGGAUGGCUCCUGAGGUUAUAAAAACCUUACCUUAUGAUACAAAGGUGGAUAUAUGGAGUCUUGGCGUCCUAUUGAUUGAAAUGGCAGAGGGUGCACCACCGUAUAUGGAUAUGCCACCUUUAAAGGCUAUAUCUUUGAUAGUACAGAAAGGUCUCCCCGACUUGAGUAAUCCCGAACUGCGGUCUGACGCUUUCAAAGAUUUUAUUGCAAGUUGCACUGAAGCCGAUGUUAGUAAAAGAAAAACUGCGGAAGAAAUGCUUUCUCAUCCUUUUCUUGAGCAUGUCUCCACAUCGAGUGAUUUUCAACAAAUGAUAGAGAAAUAUCGACAAUUAGAAGCAGAGAGAGAAGAAUCAGACUAA